UAAACAAAAAAAAAACAAGUAGGCCAAAUCCAAGAUGGCGCGUGCAACAGAAUUAGAAUGGGCACCUGAAUCUCUGUAUAAUACAGCCAUAUCAGCUGUUGUAAUGCGAUUUAAUCAGUACAGAAGAGAACUAAGAAAUCUUACGGACGAUGUUAUUUUUGACGUUUAUUAUAAGUUGUAUGAUAAGAAUGGACUUGUUGACUUAGGAAAUGAAUUCAUGGAUCUUGAUGUUUUUUCUAGAGUCCUCCGUGUGAUGAAUAAAAGAGUACUAUUACAUAGAUGCUUUCAAGCCAUAAUGGAUAAUGAAGUAAAUUUGGCUCACAUAUUAGCUGACAAAUUUUGCAGAAGGAUUACUCCUGAUGUUCUAGAUGAUGAAAAUAUUAAAGGAAGACAUAUGCAACUGGGAUUCUCAUUGGGUUCUUUUCUGUGUGAAGCGGGCUGGUUUGCAGAUAGCAGUCUGAUCUAUUCAGCCUGUCUUGAUGUUUGCAUUAAUGAUGAAAGUACUCCCAACAAAUUUAGAGCUAUGGAGUUUGCAGUCAGAUUGUUACACAGUCAGAAUGUCAACUGUCAGUAUCAAGAUGCAGAGGAAACAUACAACAAGGCAGUUAAACUGUGUACAGAGCUGGAGGAUAGAGGUCACAAGGUCAACAAAGCAGUAUUGUAUUCCGAGCACUGUGCAUUACUUUUUGCCCAGAGCAGAUACACACAAGCAUUUAAUACUUGUCAUUUGGCAAUACUAGAACUAAAUUCCAAUAUGCCUCCUAUGGCUGUAGUUAAUGUCAUGCGAUUGUGCUCAAAAGCUUGCGUGGUCAAGAGAGAAUUUAAAACUGCUGAAUUGUUAAUUAAGUAUGCUGUGGCUUAUGCAAGAGAGAAAUUUGGAAAGUAUCACCCUAAACAUGCAGACACACUGUUGGAUUAUGGGUUCUUUCUGCUCAAUUCUGACUGUGUGAUACCAGCUGUACAAGUCUAUCAGUUAGCUUUGGAUAUACGUCAGUCAGUAUUUGGUGGUAACAACUUAUAUGUUGCCAUAGCAUGUGAAGAUUUAGCUUAUGCCUCCUAUGUUAAUGAAUAUAGCUCUGGAAAAUUUCAGCAUGCUAGAGACCAUGCAGAAAAAUCUAUGAGUAUUUUGUUCAAGAUUCUUCCCCCUAACCAUUUAUUGCUCUCUUCCUCCAAAAGAGUGAAAGCAUUAAUCCUGGAAGAAAUAGGCAUAGACUGUAAUGACAGGGAAGAGGAAAAGAAGUAUCUUGAAGAGGCCUUGAGUCUUCAUAUGUCUUCCUUAGAACAGGCUCGGUCAGCUUUUGGGGAGGAAAAUGUGCAGACUGCUAAGCAUUAUGGCAACUUGGGCAGACUUUAUCAGUCAAUGAAGAGAUAUGAAGAUGCAGAGAGAAUGCACAAACAAGCCAUUGAAAUAAAAGAACGCUUGUUAGGUCCUGAUGACUACGAAGUGGCUCUGUCAGUUGGACAUCUAGCGUCAUUGUUUAACUAUGAUGUUUUCAAAUAUGAUGAGGCAGAAAAAUUAUACCUGAGAUCUGUUAAAAUAGGAAGACAGUUAUUUGGUGAAGGUUACAGUGGUCUGGAAUAUGACUACAGGGGAUUGGUCAGGCUGUACACACAAAUAGGAGACUUUGUUCAAGCAGCACAUUACAAUGAUAUCAUCAACCAGUGGUCAGUCAUUAGAGACUCGCACAACGCUAGAGAGAUCAAUCCACUUGAGUAUGAAGUAACAAUGACUAUACCAGAGCUGGUGGAACAAGUCCUGAGAAAUCAUGCGAUUACAAAUUAUUCUAAAGCUGACCACAAGAGCGAUACCAAGGAGAAUUGUGAAAGAAGUUCAGGAGAAUGAGCAACAGAUGGUCAGUUUUAAACAACAAAAAAAAAAGAUGUUUAUCUCUUUAUAUGGUUCUCUAAUGUAAACAGAAAACAGCACCCACCCCCUUUCCCCAUCUACCUAGUAUUCACAUGAUACAAGGGUAACUUUUGUAGAACUAAAUUGUUUGUUUUAGUGUUGGUUGAAAGCUGAGCUUUGGAGAAUUUUGUUUAUUUCAGAUGCCCCUUUGUAUUUUUUUUUUCUUUUUUCAUUAGUUUUAAAAUGUAGCUGUUAACUAAGUAAAUGGGAACUCAAUUUUACUUUCAUAUAAAUUGUUCUGUUUACUUAUAUUUAAUUACUCUAUGAAAGAUUUGCAAUAAAUCCAACAUGUAUUGCUUAUACACAGAAAGUAUUAAUCCUAAUUUUAAAUACAUUUUCAAAUGUAGAUAGAAAAAGAAAGAAAAAAAUAGAAAAAUAAUACAGGACAUGAGUUCACUGAGCCUUUCUUCAAGGACUCAAAAUACAAGUCUUAGACUUGUAUUAUUGAAAAGAAUCUUUUCUUUUUUCAAUCACGUAAGAGCUAUUUUGUACUGUUCUAGUACUGGUAAAUAGACAAUUUUAUGCUUUAAUAUUCAAAUAAAUAGUUUUUCAUAGUAGUUUUUAGAUUUUUGUUAAAUAAAAAUGUCCUUAUGUGCUUUGGUUAGCAUAAUUGUAGAAUUGUACUAGACAGAAGUCGCAACGUAGUUGUUUUGUGUAUGUGUGUGUGAGUGUAGAGUAAUAAAAAAAUUAGUAAAGAAGUUAGUAUGUUAAUUUUUCUUGUUAUGACUAGAAUAACAAUAGAAAUACCAUUGAAAUUAACAGAAAAGUGUGUGACCAUUGACCCUAAUACUUGGGGUACAUCAGUGUUUUCCAUGAUGCAUGAUGCUGUUUUCUUGUUAGAAUGGACACACUUUGGAAAAUCUACAUCUAGAAAAGUUGCCUCAAAAAGCAACAGAACUAUAAUUUGUAUUAAAAAUGUAACUAUGAAACUAUUGAUAAGAGCCCUCCAUUGUUACCAUUUAAAAACUUUGUCCUAUCCCACACAUAAUUAUUUCUAUAUCAUGUCAAUGUUAGAAUGCACAAGCUUGUGAUAGCAAGUACCGGUACUGUUUAUGAUCAGGAUGCUAAUAGAAUAAUGUAAGAUGGAGAAACUCUGAAUCAUUGUGAUAGAGGUCAUUGGAACGUUUUACACCUGUAUGAUCUCUGGAGACUUGUAUUAUCCUGAACAAAGAACAAUUAAGGUUCACUCCUUAUUAUAUCUAGUCACAGUAAAUGCGUAUAAUAGGGGGGGGAGGGAAGAGUCACUGACCCUCAAAACAUAAACUAUUUUUUAAAAAAUGUGUUUUAUAUUUGUAUGAAUUAGCUGUAAAAAUAUUUGUAAACCCAUUUCACUUGAGUAUGAAGUAGCCAUAAGCUCUAUCUCACACAUUUGUGUGGAAUAAUUUUCAACUAUCCAUAUAAUAAUAAUAAAAAUAUUAAUCCAUAAGGAAAUGGUCAUAUCCUCCUGAUGGUUAACUUUGAUGAUGUAAAGAAUAUGAACAUAGAGGCAGUCUUACUUUAGUUUGGGGGGGGGGGGGGUUAACUUUUUAAAGCUUUCAGAUUUUCCCUUUUUUUUUUUUAAAUGUGUAGAUUUGUAUGUCAUUAGGAGGCCUUCUAGUAAAUCUGCCUGUGUAAAUAGAUUUGAAUUGUUGCCAUCAUUUGAAAUGUGGAUUCUUUUAGCCUUUAUUGUUAAUUUUUCUAGUUCAUUGUUUGACAAGUAGUCAGUGAGAUCAUUAGUUUUUCCAUGACCUGUUCUAUGGAGAUAGCACCACCGUAGGCUCAGCCAAAACAACUUUUGAUAACCAGAUUUAGUUUACAAUGUGCUACUCAGUGAUUCAACUAUAUUUAUUUUUUUUAAGAUAGAAAGUUUUCCAGAUUUUCAAAUUCUAAUGACAAAUUUAUAGGUGUCUAAAUGAAUUGAAAUGUAAAAUAAGAAAAUAAAUAAAGUCAUAUUUUGUACAAAUAUUUAUACAUUUAUGAACUAUGUGCACUUUAUUUCAAUGUGUAAAUGAACUUUUAUUUAUUUAUAAACUUUUGAUUUAAUAUUUGUAAAUAGAAAUUAUUUAUGUAAAUUUGCUUGUUUGUUUUUUUUUUUUUUUUGUUUAUUUCAUUACAAAUUCAACAAUAAAUAUUUUGGAAGGGCUCAUGAGAAAGGAGUGAGUCACCUUAAUGGUAUUUUUGAAAAUAAAAUUGAAUUGUCUAUGAUAUUUAUGAUUUGCGUUUACUAAUUUGUUACAUUUUUUUUGAAGUAUUGAAAACACUUCUGGUCUGUCUGUUUUUCCUAAUAAUUUUGGCGGAUGAGCUUAAUUCUUCAGUGUGUUUAGACAAAGUGGUUCUAUUAAUCCUUUGUUUUGGCUAUGGGCAAUUUAUUUUGCUUCCGUUCAUUUUAUUUUUGUACUUUUUUUUUUAAAGGAUCAUCUCACUUUUUUUUUUAUUACGUUGCAAUGAUUAUUUUUUUGGAUGUUUGAAUGUAAGAAUUAAAAAAAUAUACAUGUUUGACUUUAAUUUCACCAGUAAAUGAACAUUAUAUGUUUUUUUUAUAAUGUGUCUGCUUCAAUGUGUCAGAAACUGGGUCAUUCAUUUUGUUUUUUUAUUCUUAUUUUUAUUUUUGGCUUUUGAAGCACAAAUAGUUACAAACAAUUCAGUUGUAUUAAAUUGUAUCCAAUUUAACAAUGACAUCCAGGCCACAUUGUCCAGUGAUAUCUUUUUUUUUACCCCCAUUCCAUGUUGUUGUGUUUGUAACCCUCUGUACCUGACCCAGAUGUAUGUGAUACUGAACAAGUUUUUAUUUCAACUUAUUUUUUUUUUUUUAUUUUGUUAUGCUGUAAAAUUACAGCUUUCCCUAUAGUAAAGUCUGAUAGAAUCAGUGAGCAUAUUAUUAUUAUUAUUAUUAUUAUUACUAUCAUCAUUACUAUUAUAACACUGUCUCUCCAGGAAUUCCAUCAGACUUAAUUUAAUAAUUAUUUUUUAAAUCCCUUUUUUUUUUCUUUUUUGAACUAUUAAUCUUGUGAUAACUAUACUCUGUCACCUUUCUUUACUAUUCAACCAUGCCCUAUCAAAGUUCAAUUUUUUUUCUCUGCUCUGUGGAAUCUCUUCAUUGUUUUAUGUUUACUGCUUUAGGGUGUUCUGUAGGUAUUAUAUUUCACUUUGUCCCUGACAGAGCAUUUGUUUUUGUGUAAUUAAAUGCUGAAACUGAUGUUAUAUAACCAGUGACAUAACCAGUGAUGCUUGGAAUCAGAUUUUGUUUCUAUUAAGAGAUUCUGCAUUCAUCUGAUUAUGAAUUCUAACUGUGAAACUUGAUUUUGUAAUUCAAUGAUAACUGUACAAUUCUACAAGCAAGGAUUCUAAAGCAUUUACAUAAGUAACAAUCGUUCUAGAUUUAUGCCCCCGUCUGGUUGACUUAUGUUGCAGUAUAACAGUUACUGAAUGUCACACCAUCUAAAUAGUUUCUUUGGUGGUAGCAGUCUAAAAGCAACAGUAACUCUAAUUAUUUGUAAUAACCUCCCUUCCUUAUUCAACCCUUAAAUGUCUUCUACCAAAACUAAAAUAGCUAAGUAUCAGUUGUUGUUGUUUUUUUUUUUUUCAAAUUUAUUUUUUGUUUUGUAUUUUCUAUUUCUCUAACUCCCUGAUCCUGCCUUCCUUAACAUUUAGAAAGCCUAGUCUGACAAUAUGGAUUGGGAAUGGCUAUGGAAAUAUUUAUAUUUGUGAUACAAAUAGUUACUGUGUCUGAAAUUGUCUGAAAACAGAGAAAAACAUAUAUAUAUUUAUAUAUAAAGAUUCAAAAGUUGUUUGUUUUUCUUGUUAAAAGGCAUCACUUGAUUGUUCUGAUUUGUCAUUUGUGUUAUUUAUGUGUUUUUAUUAGUUAUAGUCAGUAACUCCAAACCUGGUUCAGUUUUUAAAUUUAGUUUGGUUUUAUUGAAUUAAAAAAUUGUUAAGCAUGAAAUGUUUCUUUCAUUUUCUUUCCCCUGGCAUAAUUUAAUUUGUUGAAGACAAUAAUAGUAUGUUCCCAUUGUCCUGAAAUUGUUUCAAAACAAAACAAUGAUAUUGUAAAUCCUAUUUGAUCACCAUAUCAUUCUGUCUGAUAUUUGGACUGCUCUUUGAGGCUGUCAUACCAUUUGUUUCUUGGAUGCUACUCAGAUACUUUGAAAUAUUUUGUUGUAAUGUAAAUUCAUUUGUGAUUUCUUGUAAUCUAUUGACAUGAUUGAACUACUAUUGAUUGCUGAAGUAUAUGUAUAUUAUAUAUAUAUAUAUAUAUGUAGAAGGAAAGCCAAGCAUCCUGCCAAAUACAUUCAUGAUGAUAAACCUU